AAGUUCAAUUUGACAGUGCCGGAUUUAAGAUUCUCGGGCCAGUUGUGUUGUUUUUGCGGGCUUUAUGAUGCUCAGGUCAUGCUGGAUUCGCUCCCUGUCAUCUGCUGCUCUGCCCGCAACGUCCAAUCUGCUCACUGGAGCUUUCUAUAGCAAAGACACCACUCUGAGUCUGAGUUCUGCACAGCGGGACUGCGGACACACACCUCCACACUACCAUAGACUUCUUUACUGCACUGCGUCUCAGGAUCGCUUCAGGCUUUGUGGAGCAGCCCGUUUCAGUAUGGCAUCGGGGAGCGAUGGACGAGAGCGUUUACGUUUGGCCAAACACACAAAUCACCUGAGCAAAGAGAAAUCCCCAUACCUACAGCAGCAUGCCCACAACCCUGUGGAUUGGUUUCCCUGGGGUCAAGAGGCCUUCGACAAAGCAAAACGCGAAGAUAAACCUAUUUUUUUAUCAGUGGGCUACUCGACUUGUCACUGGUGUCACGUCAUGCAGAGAGAGUCUUUCGAAGAUGAGGAGAUUGGCAAGAUCCUCAGCGACAAUUUUGUCUGUAUAAAGGUUGACCGGGAGGAAAGACCUGAUGUUGACAAAGUCUACAUGACAUUUGUACAGGCAACUAGUGGAGGCGGUGGCUGGCCAAUGAGUGUUUGGCUUACUCCAGAUCUAAGACCAUUUGUUGGGGGCACCUACUUCCCUCCAAGAGACCUUGGAGGAAGGCCUGGAUUUAAAACCGUGCUUUUGCGUAUUAUUGAGCAGUGGCAGAAUAACCGAGAAGAGCUUGAGUCCAGUGGGGAACGGGUGAUGGAUGCUCUGCGGAAGGCCACAGCCAUUUCCGCUCACUCAGAGCAAACUCUUCCUUCAGCUCUAGAUGUGGCUCGCACAUGUUUCCAACAGCUGGCUCACUCAUAUGAGGAGGAGUAUGGAGGAUUUAACAAAAGCCCCAAGUUCCCCACGCCAGUAAACCUUAUGUUCCUGAUGUCAUACUGGUGUGUAAAUCGCACCUCCUUGGAGGGAGCAGAGGCACUGCAGAUGACCCUUCACACCCUCAGAAUGAUGGCUUUAGGAGGAAUUCAUGACCAUGUGGCUCAGGGCUUUCAUAGGUACUCUACAGACUCGUCUUGGCACGUGCCGCACUUUGAAAAGAUGUUGUAUGAUCAGGCCCAGCUAGCUGUAGCUUACAUUACUGCAUAUCAGGUGUCUGGUGAGCGCUUAUUCGCAGAUGUGUCCCGCGAUGUGUUGCACUACGUCUCCAGAGACCUCAGCCACCAGUCUGGUGGCUUCUGUAGCGCUGAGGAUGCAGACUCUCUGCCCACAGCUGAGUCCAAAAAGAAAAGGGAGGGAGCGUUCUGUGUGUGGACAGCUGCCGAGAUCAGGAAGCUGCUUUCAGACACGGUGCAGGAGGCCACUGGGGGUGCAACGCAAGCUGACAUCUUUAUGCAUCAUUAUGGAGUUAAAGACCAAGGCAAUGUACAGCCAGAGCAGGAUCCACAUGGAGAACUGCAGGGUCAGAAUGUGCUGAUUGUGCGAUAUUCAGUGGAGCUCACUGCUGCACACUUUGGCCUGAGUGUGAACAAGCUGAGUGAAGUGCUGGCCAGCACCAGGGAGAAAUUGGCCGAUGUGCGAAGAUCACGGCCUCCACCUCACCUGGACACUAAGAUGUUGGCCUCGUGGAAUGGGCUGAUGCUGUCAGGAUUUGCCCGUGUGGGGGCAGUAUUAGGAGACCAGACUCUGCUUCAGAGAGCAGAACAGACUGCACAGUUUCUCCAAAGGCACCUGUGGGAUGAAGAGGGCCAGCGCAUGCUACACUCAUGUUACCGAGGUGACGACAUGGAGGUCGAGCAAACCGACUUAGCCAUUGCUGGCUUUCUGGAUGACUAUGCUUUCGUUGUGAAUGGUCUUCUGGACUUGUUUGAAGCUACCAAAAGAGCUCGGUGGCUUCAGUGGGCUGAGGAGCUACAGCACAGGCAGGACCAGCUGUUCUGGGAUGCUCAGGGAGGUGGCUACUUUUGUAGUGACCCUUCAGACCCCACCAUUCUGCUGUCUCUUAAACAGGACCAGGAUGGUGCAGAACCGAGUGCAAACUCCGCCUCUGCGAUGAACCUGCUCCGCCUCUCCCACCUGACCGGCAGACAAGAGUGGGCACAGCGCUCUCAGCAACUUCUGACUGCCUUCUCUGACAGGCUCCUGAAGGUGCCAAUUGCCCUGCCUGACAUGGUCCGUGGCCUCAUGGCACAUCACUACACGUUUAAACAGAUUAUCAUCUGUGGCCAGCCUGAUGCAGAGGACACAGCCAGUCUAAUUGCCUGUGUCAACUCACUGUUUCUUCCCUAUAAAGUUCUGAUACUGGCAGACGGUAACACAGAAGGUUUCCUCUACCAGAAGCUGCCUUUCCUCUCAUCGUUGAUCCAGCAAGAGGGAAAAGCCACUGCAUACGUGUGCCAGGACUUCACCUGUGCCUUGCCUGUCACAUGCCCACAGGAGCUCCGGAGACUCCUGCUCGAGUAAUGACUGAUGUGCUGAAGUGACUAUAGGUUAUCAUAUUUUUUUCAGGAGAGUACAGAUGGUAAGAGAACUGCAGGGUUGCAUAGUUGGAACUUUUUUUUUUUUUCAUUUGUGUCCUGAGGACAGUGGUCAAAUACACUGAUGAGGUACUGUGAUUAUAAUGGAAUUAUGGGUUUAUUAAAAAAGCUGUUCUGUAUUGCCUUCUCACAAAUAAACAUAACGUCAACCCCAAAAA